GAAGCCGAGAGCGUGAGGUGAAAUAGGGAGACCGGCGUUGGAAAGGCGCAGGGGCUGAUGGGAAAUGUCAGAGUUUUAAAGCCAGGCUCUGGACGGAGGUAGCCUUGCAAGAUCUCCCACCCCUGCUGAUCCCUCUGCACCAGAUAUGGUGGUAGAGGUGUGCAGCUUCUUUGGAGUCUACCUUCUGUAUUGCACCAACCCCCGUUAUCAAGGUCGAGUUUAUGUUGGCUUCACUGUCAAUCCUGAACGACGAAUAGGUCAGCACAACGCUGGGAAGCGUCGUGGAGGGGCUUGGAAGACUAGUGGCCGUGGGCCUUGGGAGAUGGUGCUGAUAAUCCAUGGCUUCCCCUCUGAUGUGGCUGCCCUGCGGUUUGAAUGGGCUUGGCAACACCCGCAUGCAUCCCGCCGCCUUACUCACGUCACCCGCCGCACUUCACGGGAGCGCCAGUUUGACUUCCAUCUACGUGUCUUAGCCCACAUGCUCCGAACUGCCCCUUGGUGCCGCCUGCCCCUCACCAUACGUUGGCUCAAGCAGGAAUAUCACAAAGAUUUCCCUCCGGGCUUGGAACCUCCCUUACACAUGCCAGUGGCAUUUGGUCAAGUCCGUGCUGUUAGAGGAACCAGGGGGGUGAGACCAGAGCCCUCAGAAGAACUACCAGCGACUCCGAAACGUUGCAGUGUCUGUCUGAAAAGGUUCCAGGAGGGGGACGAGGACAUCCCCUUGCGCUGUUUCCACUCUGGGUGCUCCAUGGCUGCUCAUAUUAUUUGCCUGGCCGAAGCUUUCCUACAGAAAGAACCAGAUCAGUUCUUGCCCAUAGAAGGGCAAUGCCCCAGCUGUAAGAAUCUGGUGCUCUGGGGAGACCUGAUUCGCCACCAUAAGGGGUGCUAUGGAGAUCUAGAGGCUGACCCAACCUCCUCCCAGGAACACUGGGCCAGUGAGCUGAACUGUGAAGAAGUCAGCAAUAAAGUGGCUGAUAGUGACACCUCUCCUUCAAGACAGUGGAUGAUUACCCUGGAUUCUAGCAGUUGAAAUGACUUUUCCUUAAGCCCCAACUCCUCUUCCUGGAUGGCUGGCAGUCUCCUUCCCUCUCUUUCCAGCUGGACCUGGGCCUUUUAAACUUUUCACCCCAUAAUCAUGUUUCCAAAUGAGAAGACUAACUUAAUUUAAAGUGGACCAAUUAAAUAAAGAAA